AUGUCUAGAAACGCUGAGAAGUCCAGCUCAGUGCUGGUGAGAUACCAAGAACUCCAGGCGGAGGAAUCUGGUGGAUUUAAGGACUUUUCCAGAUACAGAAGGCCCAGAAGAGUUGCAUCUGUAAGAAACUUGAAAGAUGCCCUAGAAUGGAGGGCACAAGUGGCUAAAGAGAUUUCAGACAAGAUCACAAGGAUUUACGAUCCAUCACUGAAUGAAUGGCAAGUGGAGGAACUCAAUGAUCAGUUGAACGAGUUGGUUAAGGAGAGAAAUCGAUGGGAUUGGCACAUACAGAAGGGUUUAGGAGGUGCAAAACCAAGGAAAAAUGGUACAGUCAGUGGGAAAUUGAUUGCAGGUAAAAGGUAUUUUGGUAGAGCUUUGGAAUUACCAGAGGUUCAAAAGAUUUUAAAGGAGCAGGAAGAAUCAAAGAAAUCUAAUCGAGAGUUGGUCAAUACAAGAUUAAUACCAAAUGACUAUAACGACGACUAUUACGGCACGAUAGAAGACACAACUGAGCUCAAGCAAUUUGAAUCCAGCUGGACCCCGGUGCUUCGAAAACACUACGGUAAGAAGGAUGCGGGUGCUGAUCAAUUAGAGAACGAUACCCAUAUACCGGAUCAAAAAGAAAUGGAAAGGUGGUUAGUGGAAAGAAGGAAACAGAAGUUACUAAAGGAAUUAAGAUUUUAA